AUCUGCUAAAAGCACCGAGGAAUCCCACUCCUCCCUCCUCUCCUCCCCUCCCCUCGAGACGCCCGUCUCGUCGCUUUGCUCCCCACGAAAGAAUUCUAAAUUCUUGCUUAACUAAAGGAGAAAGCGGAUACUUCGUGGGAUCCGCAUCGGUUUCUUGCCCUUGUUGCCUCGAAUUCGGCAGUUUUUCCUCCCACGAUUCCUCCGCCGGCCGUGGUCGACUGAGCCGGCCACCGGUCGCCGCUGCGGUUGUUGGGAUCUUGCGCCUUCACCCUGCCUGCCGGGAAGAUGGCCGGCGGGAAAGAGCCGAUCGAGGUCAAGUUUCGGCUGUUCGACGGCACGGACAUCGGGCCUAACAAGUACGACCCCGCCACCACCGUCACCGCGCUCAAGGAGUUCGUCCUCUCCCGGUGGCCGCAGGAUAAAGACAUUGUUCCAAAAACUCUCAAUGACGUGAAGCUCAUCAAUGCUGGAAGGAUACUGGAGAACAACAAAACUCUUGGCGAGUCCCGAGUCCCGGUAGGAGAAGUUCCAGGAGGUGUGAUCACAAUGCAUGUUGUCGUACGCCCUCCCCAAAGUGACAAAAGUGAGAAGCAUCUCUCGAAUUCUCCCAAGCAGAACAGAUGUGGAUGCACAAUAUUGUGACGCCGAUUCAGCAUUGUGUAUUCUGUAUAUUGGUGCCAUGCUCACAACGAUUUGCAAGUUCAUGCUAACAAUUGGUUCUUGCAAGCCAUUCUUGAAAGCCUAGAGACGGUAAUUAACGCUCCAUAUGUGUCAUCCCUGCUCGGCAGUUAAGUUUUCUCUACAGCGGGGUCUUCCAUAUUCAUGUAAGCGGUACUGAGUGUGCAGGAGUCGAGAGAAGGAUGAUUUCUGUUGUUUUAAGUUGUAGACAUGUGUAGUGACGUAAAAACACGGUGCCACUUUUUUUCUGCUACUACAUAUAUAGCCGUAUAGUAUUUCUCGAGAUUCCCCCCCCCCCCCAGUUGGUACUACCUAUAUAUAUAUCUGUCAUUUGUAAUAGGGAAGUGAUUUCUGUCCAAAAUUGUAAAGGUAAUAUGUUGGACCGAUUAAGAUUAGUCCGUGUGUCUUUUGGAUCGGAAAUUUGAAAUGGAGGACAAGCUCCACAAAGCCCUUCAUUUUCAACAA